AUCCAGCCCUGCCCACUGCCGACUCUGCAAACCCGCGCUCUACUACAAAAGGAACAGCUCACUCCUGAGAGAAAGAAUUCCUCUUCAAGACAAGCAUCGGGUGAAAUCUCUGUCUCCCAUGAAUCAUUACACCCUGCAGCUUUAGGAGAGCAAUUGGAUAUUUUCUUUCUUUUUAUUGAUGCCUCGCCUUGCUUCCACAGAACUCUUCAUUAGAGGGCUUCCUGCCUUUCCUGGUGCGUCAAUUGGCCGCUGUUAUCUCGGUCUACAAGCAGAGCUUCCCAAACACACACCAGCCUCUGUGUUCCCCCCUCUUCCACGCAAAAUGAAGUAAACAUAUCACCGAGUUCCCCUUUUCAUCAGGAGCUAAUCUUUGUCUUGGCCAGAGACCAAGGUCUUAGCCAGGCGAGGAAGACAAGCAGCAACCAAGAAGUCUCCAGUUUCAUGCACAAGGACACCAACGAAGGACCAUAGAAGACCAGAGUCCUGCAGCCUCUGACAGGUAAGGGUUGGGUCCAAGAUGCUUCAUCUCCUUGGACAUUGUCCUGCUAGAGCUUACAUUUUCAGAUCAGAUGGAAGCUAGUGCGAGGGAAAACACAUCACAAUGGUCUUUCUCGUCUCUGCGGCUGUUCCAGUUGCUUUGGUCUUUUAAAGCAAGGUAAAUGUGCUUUUAUCGUCCAUCUGGUGAGAUUGUUUCUUCCCUGCAUAGAUUGCAUCUCUGUUGUGGUCUGUGGCCACCAACAUUGUGCUCUGUCUGCAUUGUGGUUUGCAUCGCAAUGUGUGUCAUAUUGGCAUCCCAAUGUGAUUUAGGUGUGUGGCCUCAGCGGUGUGCUUAGGAUGGAGUGUUUGCCUCUCACUUUCCCUGUAUGUGGUUCAUACUUUCGUGUAGAGAAAGCUCAGCUGAGUGGAGGCAGCAACAAGGUCCGGGGUUCCAAUCCUGCCAUUCCCAAUUAAAACAACCUCAUAUGGCGGAACUGGGAAGGAUCUGUGCCAGAGACAGUGGGGAGCCAUAGGCUGAAUGAACACAUAUAUUUAAAGCACCGCACCACCAAAGAAUCCUGGGAAUUGUAGUGUUUGAAGGGUGCUGAGAAUUCUAGCUCUGUCAGGGUUAAACUACAGCUUCCAGGGCUACUGGGGAGGUGCUUUAAAUGUACUUUAAAUGUAUGAUGUGUACGCAGCCUAAGUCAAUCAAAGCAGAUGGAUAUUUCCCACUACUCUAGUAACAGAGGCACUCCCUUUUUCUGGGAAAAGAAAGAUACCAUUUGGCAAGGUGAGACAGCCACUUCAGGUGGCAGAUUUUUUCCUCCACUUUUCUUCCUGAGGCCCCUCCCUCCCAGUCAUUUCCCUCUGUUAUCACGAGUUCUCCACAUUUCCACAUCAGUAUGUGAUUAAAACAAAAAACUUCUAAAAACCCAACAGCGUUUUAGUGUGAAUUUCACUCAGUAGACACUUUCCCCCCCUAACAAAGUCAUUUUGCCUACUAUAAUGGAUUUUGAUAUUUGGUGUUCAUUAAUCUCUGCAUUUGCACACACACCCUUAUCCUAGCGUAUGCAUUUCUGUACGCAUUACUUGCCUGAAAAACUGCAUUGCAAAAUUCAGAUAAAUUUCGAAGGAUGGUAGUGUUUGGGUUUGUAUGUUGUUUAUGAAAAUGCAGAUUAGGUAGGCUCAUCUUGAAAUGUGAGCUGCAUUGGUUUUCUGGGUGAGGACGUAAAUUCAGUUCACAUUUACAGGCAAAUUGUAUCAAAUUUGCACAUUGUGAAACAAUACGAAAAACAAAAUGCAGCUCUCCUUCUAGAUAUGCACUUAUAUGAAUUUUGCAAUGCAGUUUUUCAGCCAAGUAAUGUGUACAGAAAUUACCCGCUCUAGAUCGCACAGCUAAUUCUCCCCUGGUCUCCUCGCUGGCCCAAAUAGGACUAAUUUAGCCAGCUAGCCCUGGUGAUCAUCUAAUGUUUAUUGGAUGGAUUUUCCCCCUAAAUUGAUUUUUGAAUUCUGAAUUUAUUGUUAUUCACGUUUUAUACUGUAUUUUAUGCUGUUUUUUGUUGCAUCAAUUAAGCGUUUUAAAUUUGUUGUUAGCCACCCUGAGCCCGGUUUUCUGAACUGGGAAGGGCGGGGUAUAAAUAAAAAUUUUAUUUAUUUAUUUAUUAUUAUUAUUAUUAUUAUUAUUAUUAUUAUUAUUAUUAUUACAAAGGCCAUGCAACAUAGCAAGUGAGAGGAAGGGAGAGAAGUCUCUCAUCCAACUUCCUUUUCUGGUCCUGGGGUUUGCUGCUUUUUGGGGUAUUGGACUGCAUGCAGUCCCUGGGAAAUGCAGAAGCCCUUCAGAUGAUGGAGGGCUGUGGGCACGGGAGGGGAGGGGAGACCUUCCUCCUUCUUGCCAUGAUUUGUUCCUGCUCCUCAAAGUUCCUACCUAAUGCAGAGAGGGGUUGAGGAAUUGGCAAGUGGGGAGGGGCAAUUUGGAGAAAUGAAUCUGAGGCGUGGGCUGCAUUUUGAUUGGCUUUCAUCGCUUGACAGGCAAGCUUGAAUCCGUGAAGAGUUCACUCAGCAUUCGUUCGCAAGGAUAAUUUUUUCUUUCUUUCUGCUUCUCUCUUCUCUUUUUCCAUCUUUUUUUAAAUAAUAAAAAAAACCAUUUAAAAAAAGUCUCUUUCUCAAGUUACCUACAGCAGGGGCAGCUAAUCUGUGGCCCUGCAGAUGUUGCUGGGGCACAAGUCCUCUCCUUUCGAGGUUCACAUACCUGCCUCAGGAACACCUGACUUCCCAUUUCUCUCUCUUUUCGAAGGUUCCAUCAUGGACGUCAACGCCACUGCCCUGUGGCCUACCAGUGUCUCCUUGCAGCUGCCUUCCAAAGCUAGAAGCGAAGAGAGCAAAAUAAUGGACGCGAUCCAGAUCUUCUUCUACAGCGUGGUUUUCCUGCUUGGCUCCCUCGGCAACGGGACCGUGAUCUGGAUCACAGUGCGCCAGGUCUUACGUACUGUCAAUUGUGUUUGGUUCUUCCACCUAGCCCUGGCCGACUUUCUGUUCUCGGUCAGCCGGAUAGUGCCACUGCUGAAGAACGCCUUCUACGAGGGGUGGCCCUUUGGGAGCUUCCUGUGCCAAGCCAACAGCUUCAUCAAGUACCUCAACAUGUUCUGCAGCGUCUUCCUCCUGGCUGCUAUCAGCUUGGACCGAGCAGUUUCCGUGUCCUACCCAGUGUGGUUCAAAAACCACCGGGGGCCCCGCAUGGCGUGGCUGGCUGCUGCUGGGGCCUGGUUUGUGGCUACUGCCGCAAGCCUCCCCUUCUAUCUUUACCGAAGAGUGGUAGCAGAGAAAGGGAGCACCAAGUGUUCCCUCGCCCUGGGGGACCAGGUUUCAGUGAAGUGGGCCUUGUAUCUUCUGAGGUUGGUCUGUGGGUUCCUGGCUCCCUUUGCCAUCAUUGUGGUCUGCUAUGGGAUCAUCACGGUGAAAUUGAGGAAGCGACAGACCACCUUUCGCUCCAACAAACCCUUCAAGGUCAUCUUGGCUAUUGUGGUCACCUUCUUUCUCUGCUGGGCACCGUACCACAUAUUCCUCAUCCUCAAGCUGGUGGGAGUGAAGGGUCAAGGGAUGUCCAUUGGCCUUCCUCUCACGUCCUCUCUGGCCUACCUCAACAGCUGUGCCAACCCCAUCCUUUACUUCUUCCUGGGCCUGGACUUCCGCAGGAAGCUCAGCCGUUUCAACUUGGCUGGGGCUUUCAGGAGAACUUUGCUCGAAGAGAGCGGUUACUCCUUCAGAAGGCCUAGCAGAUACCAGAAGGAAGCUGCUUCAUCCGUCGCUGAGCCAGUCCAAUCCACGGUGGUUGAUAGAGUGCUGUGAGCAAAUUCAAGGUUCUGGAGACUUGUUGGCUUGUGAGGUCCAUGAGUCAUCAUUUGCUGAAACAGUAUUAAUCCAUCACAUUCCUUACCAAAUCAAAUUUUGGACUGCCCGUUUCUGCCCCCAAAUUGCGGAGUAGAAUGAAAUUUAACCUUGUGGUACACAGUGAUGUUUUCUGAACAUUUUCAACUGGGGAUAGCAGGUGUGAGGUUCAUGGCAGAUCCAUUUCUUUAACCAGGUCAGGUUUUUCAUAAUGUCCCGGACUAAGCACAGAUAAGUCCACCCCAGGAUUUAUACUAGACUGACAGGGCAAGGGCAGUUCUGGAAAGAAGAAUGAGAGUGCACCCUGGGGCAAGGAAGGAACUCUAGAAUAAAUCCCUAUACCUACUAA